UUGCUCUCGGUAGUAUUUGAACGAUUCUUGAUCCAGUCGGUUUAUUGUUCAAAGCAUUUGCUCUUAAGUUUUUGAUCUUUUCGAUUAUUUCGUUAGGAAUAAAAUGAAGUCAUUCGUCGUACUUGCUUCCUUUCUCCUUCUUGGGGUCGUCGUUUCAGCUGAAUCUGAUAUUGCAGUAAAAAAAUAUCUAAAAGCCUUACCGGAAAAUGUAUCGGCCAAAUGCUUGAAGGAAUCCAAUCUAGAAGCUGAUAAGGACAAGUUACUUUCCGAUGAGAGCACUGUAGAUCAAGGAAAAUUAAGCUGUUUCAUUGCCUGUACUCUCAAAGAAAAUGGUUCAUUGGUCAACGGUGAAAUCAAAUACGACGUUUUGGCAGAAUUACUUUCUAAAUUGUUAACCGACAAAGAAGAUAAACUUCAAGAAAGGUUGGAACUUCUCAAAGUUUGCAUUCCCGAAGGUGCUAACUCGAAAAAUGAUUGUGAAAAUGUUGGAAAGAUUUUGCAGUGCAAGUUGAGCAAGGCUAAGCAAUUAGGUCUUUAAAUGGAAGUACUUAAUUGUGAUCCGACAUCGAACGAAAUAUUGCAUGUCCUAUUUUUACUCUCUCCUUAUAUAUGAUUUAACCUUUUAUGGUCUCGUCUGGAAUAAACAAAUAACUUUUAUAAUUUGUCCGUAGUAAACUUAUGAAAUUCUUUUCGAUGAAUAUCAUCUCUCAGCAUGUUUCAAAAUGUCUUCUUUAAUUAUUAAUUCAUAUUUAGAUGUUGAUAUUGUGUGUGUGUCCGAUUUUCGAUUUAAAGUUACCUAUAUGUUUCUUUUUUAUAUGUAAUAUAUAUAAUUAUAUUGACAACGACUU